GAGGCAGGCGGGGAGGAGAAACUCCGGAGUGUUUAGUAACGGCACGGAAGUUGUAACAUAACACAGAUGCUUCGACGAAUAUCGGGCCUGAAGGUCGAAGCAACGCCCCGCUGUUUCCCAAUGGUAAACAAGGAUGUUGUCCCAGAGAAAACGAGAAAAGAAAACAUAUUUACUCCUGUGCGGAGAAACUUCAUGUUCUAAUUUUUCUUUUGAAUUCAAGCCAAUGAGAAAGUGUUAUUGGGCUUCCGAUCGAUGGUCCUGUGGACACCCCUUGUAUUCUAGAGUUCCCACCACCAUGUUUCUCUCUGGAAUUCCCUGUGCUUCUCGUUAUUUCUUGGCCAAGACACGGAAGGUUGUAACCCUGUGCCAACAUUUGCCUAGCUCUGUGCAGGCUUCAUCGCGAUGGAAACACCAUGCCUCUCGACAGUACAAGGCCGUGAUUUUUGAUUUAGGUGGAGUCCUGAUGGCUUCGCCAUACAAGUUAGCUUCAGAGUGGGAGCAGCGGAAUGGUCUCCCAGCUGGAUCAAUCUGGCAGGCUCUAUUGACUGGAGAGCAAGGCCUCGCAUGGGACCAGUGCAGGCGGGGGGAACUGACAUUUGAGGAGUUCAUUAAAGUGUGCAGCAGAGAGCUGGGAUCUAAUAUAACUUCUGAAUCAGUGGAAUCUUAUUUACUAGCAAACGUCAAUCACGUGGGUGAGUGGACUAGCUCUGCGAUGAGGGAGGUGGUUCAGUGCAUCAGGGCAGAGGGACUGCAGACUGCUGUACUGACGAAUAAUUUUUGGUUCCAAGGCCAGACCUUCUUACCCUUGGAGAGAAACCUCUUUGACGUGAUCGUUGAGUCAUGCCGGGAAGGCAUUACCAAGCCGAGCCCUGGUAUUUACAAACUCUGUUUGCAACGAUUGAAGGUCUGUCCUGAAGAAUCAAUUUUCCUUGAUGAUGUUGGGGAAAACCUGAAAGCAGCAGCCCAGAUUGGGAUCAGCACUGUUAAGUUUUCAGAUACAGCCACAGCUAUUAAGGAGCUGGAAUCAUUGCUGGGCUUCCCAUUGCAUGGCUAUGUCCCAAGGACCUGCUCUGUUCGUAAGAACAUGGAGAUUCCUACUGACAAUCUGAAGAAGUAUCUCCAGACUACUCUGGGGCUGAGUUCAGAAGAGCCACUUCUCCUUCGUCAGUUCAGUCAUGGGCAAUCUAAUCCCACAUACCAUGUGCAGUAUGGGGUUCACCAGCUGGUCUUGAGAAAGAAACCGCCCGGCACACUGCUGAAGUCAGCACAUUCAGUGGAAAGAGAAUACAGGGUGAUGAAAGCUCUUGGAGGUACAGGAGUUCCUGUUCCUAGGACACUUGCCAUUUGCGAGGACCCCAGUGUUCUUGGCACUGCCUUUUAUCUGAUGGAAUACUGCCCAGGAAGAAUAUUUAAGGACCCAACAUUGCCAGGAUUAACCGUCAGCCAGCGAAGAGACAUUUACAGUGCCAUGAUUCAUGUUCUAGGCCAAAUUCACAAGCUGGAUAUUCAGGCUGCUGGAUUGGAGGAUUUUGGAAAGCACGGCAAUUACAUUGAGCGCCAAGUUCACGUAUGGACAAAGCAGUAUCGAGCAACUGAAACUCAUGUUAUUCCGGCAAUGGAGCGACUCAUGACGUGGCUUCCACAACACCUUCCAAAGCAGGACAAGACCACAGUAGUGCAUGGAGACUACAGGCUGAACAAUCUUAUUUUCCACCCUGAUAAACCUGAGGUGCUGGCAGUGUUGGACUGGGAGUUGUCCACUUUGGGAGACCCCAUCUCUGAUGUAGCAUACAGCUGUAUGGCACACUAUUUCCCAAAGGACUUUCCCCUUUGCAGAGGAAUGGGCAAGUGUGAUUUGAAGGAAUUGGGAAUCCCAUCUGAUUCGGAAUACCUAACCUUUUAUUGUGACAACAUGGGAAUAAACCCAAUAGAGAACUGGAAUUUCUAUAUGGCUUUUUCCUCCUUCCGAGCUGCAGCGAUAAUCCAGGGGAUCCAUAAGCGGUCACUUCAAGGACAGGCAAGUUCAAAUAAAACUGACAGCGCUGGGGUACUUGCUGAGAAAGUGGCUGAGCUGGCAUGGAUGUUUGCUGUACGGGAGGGAUUCCGAAUCUUCAAUUCAAUUCCUGCUGGCAACGCAGGCCCUGCAGUGAGAAAGUAUUCCACGUGGAACCGGCAGAGGACAUCACCAGCACAUUUCCUGUCUCCAUCUUUGCUUAAUGUUAAUCAUUGCAGACUUUCAGAGUCAGUUUCAAAAGGGCAUUUGAUCAUCUCACCUGAGGGACUACCUGCCCAAGUGCAAGAGUUGUACCAUAAGCUGACUGAAUUCAUGGACAAACACAUCUAUCCUCAGGAGCAGCAGCUUAUGGAACAUAAGAAAGCUGAUAAUCAGUGGAUCCCAAAUGAAAAAUUGGAGGAAUUAAAGAAUGAAGCCAAAGCAAGUGGACUCUGGAACUUAUUUUUACCCCCAGCAGCUGAUCCUGAGGCUAAAUAUACAGCCGGACUGACAAAUCUAAUGUAUGCUUUCUUCUGUGAGGUUAUGGGGAGGUCCCUACCUGCAUCUGAGAUUUUUAAUUGCUCUGCACCAGAUACAGGGAACAUGGAGAUUCUGGUCAAGUACGGAACUGAAGCACAGAAACGGCAGUGGCUUCUGCCUUUAUUGGAUGGGAAAAUCAGGUCCUGCUUUGCUAUGACUGAGCCGCAGGUUGCCUGUUCCGAUGCCACGAACAUUGAGGCCUCAAUUGUUGAGGAAGCUGACUUUUAUAUUCUCAAUGGGCACAAGUGGUGGACAUCAGGUGUAUUGGAUCCUCGCUGUAAACUCUGUGUAUUUAUGGGAAAAACUGACCCACAAGCUGGUAAAUACAAACAGCAGUCCAUGAUUCUGGUGUCAAUGGAUACUCCGGGGAUUAAAGUUAUCCGACCCUUAUCAGUUUAUGGGUUUGAAGACCUUCCAGGUGGUCACGGUGAAAUUGUAUUUGAAAAUGUUCGCGUGCCAAAAGAGAACAUUCUGUUGCAAUGUGGACGAGGGUUUGAAAUCGCCCAAAGUAGACUUGGGCCAGGAAGGAUACACCACUGUAUGCGCCUCAUUGGCCAUGCUGAUCGAGCUUUGGAACUUAUGAAGGAACGGGUAAAGACAAGAGUGGCCUUUGGAAAGACAUUAGCUGAACAAGAUACUAUCAAGAUGGACAUUGCUAACUCCAGGGUUGAGAUUGAGCAAGCACGGUUGCUGGUGCUCCGAACUGCCCAUCUAAUAGACACUGUGGGAAACAAGGAAGCAGCUCCGGAAAUCUCCAUGAUUAAAAUGGUAGUACCAAGUAUGGCAUUGAAAGUUAUUGAUCGUGCCAUCCAGGCCUUUGGAGCAGCUGGACUCAGCAGUGACUACCCAUUAGCUCAGUUUCAUAGCUGGGCACGUGCAUUGCGACUUGCCGACGGUCCAGAUGAGGUUCAUAGGACAGUGGUUGCCAAGUAUGAAUUAAAACAGAGAGGCACCACACAGAAGCACUGAACAAUCGAUCACCGGUUCUUUGACAUAUUCUGUACACAACAGAACAAUCACUAACAUAUUCUUUAAGCUCAUAAUGUACGCAAAUGAAAUUGGUCAUGUCUGUGAUAUUGCUUUGUACUUUACGACGUGGUCUGUCGUCUCAGAAUUUUUACAUAAUCCCUCAGCGUUUCAACCCCUGAUCAAGAACAGAGCGAUCUGCAAGCAGUUUGUUACCAUUCUUUCAACCAGCUGUAAAGAGGCCACUUUGUACCAUGGAGUAUAUGGUAUGAAGAAGGUUGGCAAGUAAUGGCAGAGAAAAGAGAGUGCUGGUUCAGUUGCUGAUUGCUCAGAGAAUUUGACAAGUUUUCAGAAUCUUUGGGUGAAUGCUAGUAGGACCUACUAAUCUUUUCCCCCUGCUGUGUCCACUGGAAAAUAGUCCUAAAUCAACAUACCUUUUUAGAAAGAUUAAAAUAUAGUUAUUUAAAUAUUA